GGAGCGAUAGUUGGAUUUGGUCAGCUGAAGAGAGAAGCUGAAAAUUGAUGAAAGUUUAGUGAUGUCCACAGAAACCCCUAGAGAAGAGAAAAAUAGGGGGAGUCAGGGCAGGAGAGUGAAUAGGCAUCUGGGUAAAGUGUGUGAGCAGUGCAGUAAGACAGAGAGGGCGAAAGACAAAACCCACAGGGUCAGGGAAAAGGGAGAGCAAAGACAGGCAAAGUGAGAAAAGCAGUGAGAACCCUCCUGGAACAAGACAAGUGACCUCCAGCCAGAUUUAAAAAAACCCACAACCCUCUAGAUAGAUGGGAAUACAUCUCCUUGGAUAAACUACUUGAAUCCAACACAGUUCAUGGACCUGGAACUCAGAUGAACAUUCAUUAAGAAUCAUUCUAUAUACAUUCUCAAAUUUUAUGGCAAGAACAAGAAACAGUGGAAUGGGCAGAAGGAAACAUGAAGUAUCUGAAGAUGCACCUAAGGUUUUGUGAAUAUAACUGACCAUCGAGUUCUGCUGUCAGCUCUUCUACUGGAGAACAUAAAAAGCCCUGUUUGAUACAAUGGAUGAACAGUCACAAGGUGUGCAAGGGACUCCUGUUCCACAGUUUCAACCACAGAAAGCCUUACGUCCUGAUAUGGGCUACAAUACGCUAGCUAACUUCCGCAUAGAAAAGAAGAUCGGCCGUGGACAGUUCAGUGAAGUUUACAGAGCAACUUGCCUUUUGGAUGGGGUACCAGUAGCACUGAAAAAGGUGCAGAUAUUUGAUUUAAUGGAUGCCAAAGCCCGGGCUGACUGCAUCAAAGAAAUAGAUCUUCUUAAGCAACUGAAUCAUCCAAAUGUAAUUAAAUACUAUGCCUCCUUCAUUGAAGACAAUGAGCUAAACAUAGUGUUGGAAUUAGCAGAUGCUGGAGACCUCUCUAGAAUGAUAAAGCAUUUUAAGAAACAGAAGAGGUUGAUUCCUGAAAGGACAGUUUGGAAGUACUUUGUUCAGCUGUGCAGUGCACUGGAACAUAUGCAUUCUCGUCGUGUCAUGCAUAGAGAUAUAAAGCCAGCUAAUGUGUUCAUUACAGCUACAGGGGUAGUAAAGCUUGGAGACCUUGGACUUGGACGAUUUUUCAGCUCCAAAACCACAGCUGCACAUUCUUUAGUGGGUACGCCUUAUUACAUGUCUCCAGAGAGAAUACAUGAAAAUGGAUACAACUUCAAAUCUGACAUCUGGUCUCUAGGCUGUCUGCUAUAUGAGAUGGCUGCACUGCAGAGUCCCUUUUAUGGUGACAAAAUGAACUUGUACUCUCUGUGCAAGAAGAUAGAACAGUGCGACUAUCCACCUCUUCCUUCAGAUCACUAUUCAGAAGAACUGCGACAAUUAGUUAACAUAUGCAUCAACCCGGAUCCAGAGAGGCGACCAGACAUAGCCUAUGUCUAUGAUGUAGCGAAACGUAUGCAUGCACACACUGCAAGCAGCUAAAUAGACAAAAGAUCAUGAAGAAAAGAACCUGAAAUUUUCAAGUAUUUUUGUGCAAAUCCUCCCACUCCUUUUUCAUCUGUGUUACAUAAAUGUAGUUAUUCAGAACAGACUGAUGUGCUUUGAAUUGUGAACCAGUUUACAUACAAGCUUCCUGAGCUAUUUUUUACCAAUUGCAGUUUAAAAAUAUACGUUUAAAUGGUAAAUAAAAAACAGAUUUAAAGUGUAAAGUAUACUAUGGAAAAUAGUGGUUCCUGACAGCUUUAAAAAUAGUGAUUUCAAAUGUAUUUUCAAAUGUAUUUUGUUAAUAACAAAAUUGCAAUCAGUUGGGAAUUCAAUUCUAAAACAUCAUAGCACUGCAGUUUUGCACGAUAUGGAUAUUAGGCUUAUUACCUAGAAACAAAAUGUUUGAAUCUUUCUCACUUUUUAUAACUUAUGGAAGUUAUGAAUCAACACAAUUAAUGAGUUUAUUUUAAUUUUUGUUCUACAAGGGAAAUAAUUGUAAGAGAUUUUUUUUUGUAUUUUAUAAUGAGUUGUACGUAGUUUGCAGUCCAUCUUCUCAAGAUAAGUGAAGAUGGAAACCAUCUGAUUAGCUGUUUUGUUGAAAUGGCAACUGUUAAAUGUGAAAAAAAGUUUUUUGGCAAAAUUGUCAGACACUCAAAAAUCUCUGUAACUUGUCCCUUUUCUUUGUGUUAUCGUGACUUAAAUUAACCCAGAAAAUUGGCUUUAAGGGUUUGGUUUGGCUAGGUUAAACCCCAUACUUGCAAUUUGAUUGGUAUGGCUUGACCUGCAUACCUGUGCAGCACUUCGUUGACUUCAGUGGGUCUGUGCACAGUCAGAUCCUAAAACCCUUGCAGCUUCCUGUUGUGGUAAAUGGGGUUCGUCUGCACAGGCACAUGACUGUCUGAACAGGCCUGUUUGAAGGAUGAGGGCCUUAAGUUACAACUCCCUAGGAAUUUCUGUUUGUGGUGGUGUUUCUAGAUUUUGUUUUUAAAUCCUUUGGAUGACCUUAUACUACUAUAUUUUUAAUUCCUUCUAAAAAUACUUUUUUAAUCCAAUGCCUAUUGCCCAAAAUACAACUGUUCUCUGUAAUACAAACAUGUUUCAUAAAAUACCUGGUUUUGUUAUCUACCCUAUCUUUUAUUUUAUGGCCCUAAAAACAUUGUUUAUAUGCUGUAAAAGUUACUUUAGCUUUUGUGUUUAAAGAAAAAAAAUCAGUGCUGCUUUAUUUGUGUAGUCAGCAUAUUUGUUGAUUAUACUUUAAAAUGUUAUUUCACCAAUAUUUUAUCUGAGUUGGAAAGUAAGUUCAAAAUAUUUUGGUUACACUUAUAUUGGUCACUGUGUAUGCAUGAAUGAUUUAUUUUAUUUGGAAGUGAAAGUAAGUACACACCAAUACAUUGUACCUAUAAAUACUGAUGAAAAUUGAGGUCUAAUAUUUUUAAACAAACACAUAAAGCUGUCAAAGUGGUUCAUUGCUGCAAGGUUGACAAUGAGAAUUUUAUUGAUACCAGCUUUAUUGUUGAGAUGUAGUUAGUUUAAAUCUUUUUUGAUACAAAAAGUCAGGAAAAAGUAAAAAUUCAAUACUUACAUGUAAAUAUUGGAUCUGUAUACAUUAAGUUCACUAUGCAUUCAACAUUUAUAAUGGUUGUUUUUCCACAUUUACUUUAUUAAACAAGUUUGCAUAGAUAGUAAAAUGAACACUGUGCAGCAAUAGUUCUGUUUCUUUGAUAGUAACCUUCCUUUGAUUUGACAUAAUUCAUAAACAAUAAGAACCUAGCUAUGGAUUUAUAGACAAGUUUCAACACAUAGAAAAGUUUUUAAAUGUUAAGAAAUGACAUCCUAUUGAAAACUAUUUGUUUUAAAAAAUUCAGUAUUUUUUAUACAUCUGGGACAGAUCCUCAGCUGCUUGAAAGUGGUGUAGCUGCAUUGAUUUAAAUCAACUGAGAAUCUGUGCUGUGAUUUAAUGACAAAGGUGCUUUGUUGUAGGAUGAAUCCUUAGUUUUUCGUCUAGCUGUUCUGUGUGUAUUGAAUGUAAUCUUUGGGGGCUUCAUUGAGACUACUACAAUGAGUAAAAAUAGUCAUCUGUAAAUGUUGUCAGGAUUGGCCCCCGUCUUGCCUAUCUCUGUCUGGCAACCUUUACAUUGAGCUUCUAUUGAAUAUAUCAAUUAAUUUACUAGUUCUUGGUGACUGUUGUGUUCCAUAAGAUUUGAAAUUAAAUAAAAUAGUUUGUACUAAAACAGGGAACAGAGUAGUAUUUGCUUGACCACCAGCAAUAACUGUUAGUAUGCAAAAUUAUUCAAGUCAUUCUUUUAAUCUGUUCUGUUUCUGAUAAACAACAUUUACAAGGAUUGAAAAAAUUGUACACAGUGAAGUUAUUUCUAUAAGAUAGUCUAUUUAUUUUAACCUCUACUUAGGUCAAAUAUGCACAUCACUUUUCCUGAAGAAACUAAUAUUUUUAGGCAAAAAUUAUUUCUGGAAGGCUGCAUGGUAAGAAAAUUAUGGGAAUAGUUGAGUUAGAAAAUACACCUAAAAAUGCUAAGACUUUUUUUUUUUAAAUUGAUGAUUUAACCUUAUGUAAAAUAAGUAAUUCUUAUUUUAAAAGAAUUAAAAUAAUGGUAUAGAGAUGAUCCAGUUAAAUCUUAGGUGUUGCAAACAGUUUCCCAAUGAAGAUGAAAAUGCUGGGCAGCCUAGUGUAAUAUAUUGAAGUUUACAAAGGGUAAAUGAAGUUUACCCCUGUUUAAGGGUCAGGUUCUACAACUUACUCACACUAAAUAGUACUUAACGUAAAUACAUAGAACUACCAUGUAAGUAAAGACUGUAAAAUCUAUCCCUUAAUAAAGUGCCUGACAGCAUAUAAGAAUUAUAAAUAUAGUAAUAAUUAUUGCAACCAUUUCUUGAAUGCCUUACCAUUUUAAAUAGCUUCUAUUACAAAACACCAUUCUAGUUGCCACAUACUGUAGGUAUUGUUAACAUUUACCAUAUUUAUUUUACCAGUUGCAUUAAAUGCUUUCCUUUUAAAUGAGUAUUACAUUAUAACCAAAAAUGUGUAAUUAUUCUCUGCCUUAUAUUUCAAUAGUACUGUAAUAUUAUUGUCUUCCUUUGUGAAAUACGGUAUUUUGUUGUGUUUUGAACACCCUUGCUGAGAAGUCUGCUCUUGGUCUUAAACUACUUUGCUGUACAAUAUUCUAAUAUAAAUAAAACGUACAAAAAUUAAAUAUAAUGUAAAAAUCAUAGCACUUCCAUGAUAGUUUCUGGAGCCUUUCCUAUUACAGAUAGGUAACAGCUAGUAAUAUACAUAUCUUGUGAAUAAUCUGUUGCUACCAGUAAUUGAUUAUAGAUGAGAGUUAUUGAAUGGUGCAAGAGAAAGUUUUAAAAUCUUUAUAACAUAUAUCAAAAGUGCAGAAAAUACUACAGCAAGCAUGUUCAUGAUUGCAUAAAUGUAAUGCUUUUAGGUAAUACUUUUAAAAGAAUAUUUUUAAAUUAAAAUGAGGGUAUAUCUGAAAAUCUUAAAAAAUAAGUAUAUGUAUCAUAAAAAAGAAUGAAAGCCCCAAUCCUGCAAGCUACUGUAUGUGGGUGGACCCUUCUGCCUUCAUGGAGUUCCACUGAUUUCAGUGGGCUGCUUGUGCACACAGGUUGAGUAAAUAGUAACUGCUGUACAGUGUAUGCAAACGACUUCUGUUUAUUCAACAUACCAAUUAGACCUUUAUCUUUCACUGUUCUGUAUUGCAAAUUACUGUGCUUUAUUUCUUUUCUGUACAGUUCAACUGUUAAGAUAGUAAUAAGAUUAGUGGUCUGAUCAUUUGAGUGUUUCUUUUUAAUGGAUAGGAAUUUUACAAAAUAUGGCAGAUGUAUAAAAAAAAUUAAGUGUCUGAGAAGGCUUGUGUUUCAUUAAUGUACUAAAGCCCUAAAAGGUAAAAGUCUUGGUAGCUGCUUGAAAGUGGGGGAGGUCGUGGUACUGCCUGUGCCCAGUGUGGUUUUCUGCAGCAAUCCCCCAUCCCCCAAUCUCUACUUUAGUUGCUGCAAAGUAUUGUUGAAUUAGGGUCACGGCAAAAAAAAGAAAAAAGGCGAGGGUGCUGAGUGGAGAGUGCUGUGAUUUACAGAGCUGGGUUAGCGAGCUCUGCAAGUGGAUUCAGGAAGGCUCAUAAUUUACUAGUUGAACUUGAAUGUAUCUGUCAGAAAACCAUCCAAUUUUGAUUAAAAAAUUGCCCGUGAUGGAGUAUCCACCAGGAUCCUUGGUAAAUUGUUCAAAUGGUUAAUUACUGUCUCCGUUAAAACUUUACACCUUAUGUCUAGUCUGAAUUUGUCUAGUUUCAACUUACAUCCAUUGGAUUUGGUUAAACCUUUGUCUGGUAGAUUAAAGAGCCCUCUAUUAUCAAUUUCUGUUCCCCACAUAGGUCCUUAUACACUGUGAUUAAAUGACCCCUUAAUGUUCUCUGUGAUAAAUUAAAUAGAUGGAACUCCUUUAGAGUGAGGGGACUGUAAGUUCUUGAAAUGUGGGGAAUGGUGCUAGUUUGGGAGAUAGGUUCUGGGUGGUGGAUUUUAGAUCACUGAUCUCUCCAUUACUUGUAACUCUCUCGUAUAACAAUCAGUAUCCUAGGCCAAUCCAACCACUUCUAAUCCCUAUAUCUAAUCAGUGAGGAAGUUUCAUAUUCCUAAACUCCAAUCUUUGUAGGUUUGUCAAUGAGCCCAAAUAUGUGGCUGCCCAAACCUUGCUUCCAGAAUCACCCUGCAAAGCUGAGAUCCUGUAUUUAAAAAACAAAACAAAACAAAAAAAAUGGGUCGGGGGAGAACAGGGGGACAUAAAGACACACUAGCUAUUCAGAAUGGUUUACUUUUUAUUUAUUAUAGAUUUUGAACAUGCAAUAAGUAUGGAUCUCCCAAGCCUCAAUCUGGUCCCUUCCCUGAACCAUGUCCUACUUCCCUUUGGCCUGUUCCCUUACUUUUAUGCUCAUCACUGAGGUACUACUGCAAAUAUUAUUCUACUCCCCCGCAUUCCCCUUGCUUUCAUAUCUCCUGCUUCCUCCUGAAGUCUGGCACAAUCUCCAGAAAUAUCACUGUGAUCAUUAUCUACCACUCUUUCCAUCUCCUUGGUCUCAAUGAGACAUGGCUUUCUGCUGACGACUUUGCUUCUCCUCUCACCCUUUUCCAAACAGAGACAUGGGUGGCCCCAGACUCCAUCUUUCAUCCUGUUGUCUCUUCCAACCCCUGCUUGUUUUGAAGUCCACUACAUCUAGUUCUUCUCUCCCAUAUCCCUCCAAGUGGCCAAUAUCUGUUGCAUCCCUAGCUAAUCCUGGUUUCUCCAUGACUUUGCUAAGCUCUCUUCUUUCCUGACUCCUCAAUCUCUACUCUCAUCCUGAGAAAUUUCUGUUUUCAUACUGAUAACCAGUCUGACUCCAUUCUCUGUUACUUCCUUUGUCUAACCACUUUCUUUGAUUUUUAGCUUUGGACAGACUUUCUCACUGUCUUAAUCACUCCUGUGACCUUGUCUUUAUUAAAUUCUGUUCUCUUUAUGAUCUCAUUCCUGAAUUCCUUCUCUCUGAUCACCACUUGCUCUCUUUCAGCAUCUCCUCUACUAUGUCACUCACCCCUUUUGUGAUCACCGGUCUAUUAACCUUUCUGACAUCUCUACUACUCUCAGCCACCUCCUUCGCUCCUUGACCUCUCUCCUGUUGACUUAGUGGUCUAUUUUCAUCUGUAACUUCUCUUCUACAUGUGGCUACUUGAGUGCUUUCUUGCACCACUCUGCGUGUCCAUAUGCUCUCCAGAUGUUCUCUCCCCCACAUUCACUACCUCCAUUCCUGGUUCUGCACUUCUGAGCACCCAUGGAAAACAUAUCAGGACUUUACCAACUUUGUUCACUGCAAGUUCAUUCAUUCUUCACUUAGCUGUGCCAUAUUUUUUUCUUGACACCUUUAUUUCUCCUCCUGUAGAGACUUAUACCGCCAAUGCUCUCCCAUUCUUUUCUAUAUUCAGUUUCUUCCUUAAAUCUUCCACGUUUCCCCUGCAACAAAUACCCUCUAAUCCGUCUCUGUCCAAAAUCUAGUCACCCUCUUCACAAAUAAAUGACAUUACCUGGCAAACUGUCUACUCUGCUUUUCCCUUGAAUUCUUUCACCUACUUCUUCACUCCAGUUUUUGAGUCUAAGGCUAUGUCUACACUAUCGCGUUAAAUCACCCUAACUUACGCUAUUCCAGCUACAUGAAUAAUGUAGCUGGACUCGACAUAGCUUAGGUCAACUUACUGCGGUGUCUAUGCCAUGCUGGGUUAAUGGGAGACUCUCUCCCAUCGACUUACCUUACUCCUCUCAUUCCUGGUGGAGUACCGGAGAGGGCUCAGCCGUCGAUUUAGCAGGUCUUCGCUAGACCUGCUAAAUUGACCCCCUGAGCGUCGAUCACAGCAGCGUUGAUCCCACGGUAGUAUAGACAUGGCCUGAGGUAGCUCUUCUACUAACCUAUCAAUCUGUUCUGUUUACCUCGUAUCUUCACUUAUGUAAUUGUCAUUUGUCCCCCCGACCCUUGAUUUAUCUUUUCCUUACCUUUUGCCCCCUCUCAUACGAUUCAUUUUCCUUCACAUACAAACAUUUCCCCUAUUAUGGGGAUUUCCCUCCGUAAUUCCUCUUGAUUCUCUAUCUUCUCUUCCACUCCUCUUUCUCUCAUCCAUCAUGACAUCUCAUAUUUGUCUCUAGCUUCCCCCUCUGUUCAUCCAUUUUGACUUACCCCGAUCUCUCUCCAGUUCUGCAUCUCAAGCAGACUCCGUGACAGCUCUAGGAUGUCCACCCACCAUCUCAAACUUAUUCAUUCCAAAAUUGAAUUUCUUUCCUCCUAACCCUGUCAACUCUUUGUCUCCAUGGGCCACAACCUUGCUAUCAUCUUCGAUUCUUCUCAUGUCCCACUGCCCAAUAGUCUAUCACCUUGUCCUCUUCAAUAACAUCACACUCCACUCUCGCCUCACUAUCCAGGUUUGAAGACCCUGACCAGGCCUUCAUCAUCUUUUGUCUUGAUUAUUGUUAUGUCUUUAUAUGUGAUUUGGUUCCUUUCUCCAACUUCCAAUCUAUCAAAAAUGCCAUAGCUGAAGUACAGUCCUGGAACCUUAACAUUUCUCCAGCUCUAAAAGGGGAAUUCCAUUGGGUUCCUGUAAAAACCUCCCUUUCUGCAGAAUUGGUGGCAUUUUAAGAGUACAAGGCUAUAACUCCUCAAAUCCUCUUUGCAUCUUUUUGUCUUACUGUCCUAUCUGCUUCAAAUUCAGGCUCUUUGUUCUAAGUAUCCUUACCCUAUGUAGCUGUAUGAUUUUGUUCCACCUUAUUUUCUCCUGCACACCCUCUUGCUUGCUAUGUUCUUCUUGUCUUAGGGUCUUGAUUUUAGUGGGACUACUCAUGCUUAAAAUGAGAAUGUGCUUCUGUGCUUCGAUCAGUGCAGAAUGUUCAGCAUCUUACAGGAUGGACCCGUUAGUGCUUCAAUUUUCUUUCUCCCAUUCUUAACCCUCCUCCUUCCACUAUGCAAUUCCCUAUGCCUAGAAUAGUUUCCCCAAUGAUCUUUCCUUCAAGUUCCAUUUUAAAGCCCACCCUUUCCACUCCUGUUUCCUUGAGUAUUCACUACUCUCUUACUUACCUGAACUGUUGUCCCUUCUUUUCUCUUGUAUUUAUCAUGUCUAACUUAGAGUGAAAGCUCUUCAGGGCAGAGAGUGUAAAACACUCUGUAAAUGUAUGGUGCUGUAUGUCACUUCUAAUAAUUAUAAUAUCUGUCUUUUGACUAUUCAAGAGUAGUCACAUCUUUUCCUGCAUUCUGCAGUGCCUGAGAGCAACGGACACAGAUUGUGUUACGGCUCUUCACCAAAACCGAGAGGUUGUUUUUUGAGGGCUUAAUAUGGAGCUGAGUUUUAGAUUUUGUUUAUUUUGGUAUGUGUAUGUACAAUGAAUAAAUUUCCCCCUUCUCUCAGUAGUAUCCAUUUGUACCAGAAGAGUUUCUUACAGAGGAUCAGUUAACUAUUAGACCAAAGAAUGUUUUCAUAUACCUUCAGUUUUUUACUUGUCUGCAACCAAGAAGAGUUUUAUAAGAUUACCUGCCAAUACUGAAUUUGUUUUUCUAAAACUGCCUAACUGGUUUGUAGAGGCCUUCCAUCUAGAGGCCUAUUAGCAAUCCUGUUUCAAAUCAGGAAAUGAAAGGCUGAGGCAAAUUCUGUCUGCCACUAUGGAGGCAUAAAGGAGCCUCAGACAGAACAGAAACAGCCCCAAAUAAUGGCCCGAGUACAGUGGCAUGAGUGCUCUGCAGCAUUCUCUUUCACACCCCACCCCAGCCCCUGCAGCACACAGUAUAGGACAGCUGUUCCCAAACUUUUUGCUGGCACAACCCCAUUUUUAUGAAUUACUUUCUUCCGGGACCCCAGACAGCAUCGAGGAUGCCAUUUUGAAGACCAAAAUGGUGUUCUCACAGCGUGACCUCAUGUCACUGUAUGGAGGAUGCGACUUUGUAGGAGAAAAUGACUUGCAUGCACAGUAUGUGUGAGGUCACACCACAUGGAGCAUGCCAUUUUGCUCUACAAAAUGUCCUCAGCACAGUCAUGCUGCUAAAAUGCACGCGUCGCUAGGGAUUGCUGCGACCCCAUCUACUGAUGGCAUGAUCCCAUUUAGGGUUGCAACCCACAGUUUGGGAACCACUGGUGUAAGGGCAUCCCAGGACGUGAGAGGAGGUUGCCAGAGCACAGUGAUCUCUUGGCCUGGGUCUUCUACGCUGCACAUCCGGUGAGCACAGCACAGAACCUGUUCCUCAGCAUUUUUAGAGCUAUUAGCAAAGCCCAAAAUUAGUUGAAUCUUGUGGUUAUUGUGUUAAAUGCUUUUCCUACUUGUGUUGUGGCAAGACACCGUUGGGAUCUAAUCUCAGUUUAAUUAUUGGCUGAUUAAAAUGAUGAUAUAAGGUCUUGGUAUAGCUAAUCUAUCAAAAAUCAGUGAUUAUUUUGCAGGUGGGAAUUUUAAAACAAUGGAAAAAAAUCCCUGUUUGCCUGAAAUGUACUGUAUGGGCACUCUUCUGCACGUGUUUUCAUUGAUCAUCUAACAUUGCAGUUAUGCUUUUGGUCCAUUGGAACUACAAGUAGCAUAAAAAUGAUAUUAGCAACAGGACUGCAUUUCCCUGUUUUAGGGAGGUUGGUUUUUGUUUUGUUGCUGCUUAUUUUGACUUCUUAUGUUGCUAAUAUUGUAAUAAGAUGUGAGACGAGCACCAAUGUUAAUGAAGUGUCCCAGAUAUUUUAUUAUUUUCUGAAACAAUUGUUGGUCGAACCUAAUUGUAAACUGUUUGAGUGCUCCCACGGGGCUACUGUAUACUAUAUGACGUGUAUAGUGUGUUCAUGUACCACCUGAGUGUAAAAUUAAAUGUUACCAAUAAAUUUACCAAAAAGUUAAAAGUGACAGUCCUGUGAUGUUACAGCUGUGAACACCAUGCUACGGCCUAUUAUUACUUGAUGAAUCUACAUGGUUUGAAUGGAAAAACCUGCCGGUGAGAGCUGAGAACCUAGCAAACUUAAGUUCACCGUACAAAGUUGCUUUC